GGUGGUAGUGGCAUUUGGAACAUGGCAGACGUCAUUGAUUGUAAUUUUCCUGUUUGGGGUCUUCUACCUAAAAAAGAGACUGGUGUCACUCAAUUUCUUAACAAAUACCCUGAAUAUGACGGUCGAGGAGUCCUCAUUGCAAUUUUCGAUUCAGGGGUGGAUCCUGGGGCUCCUGGUAUGCAGGUAACUUCAGAUGGAAAACCAAAAAUUAUUGAAAGGUAUGACUGCAGUGGAGCUGGGGAUGUAGACACUAGCAAAGUUGUACAAGCACCUGAUGGAUGUAUAUUUGGCAUAACUGGCCGUAAAUUAAAGAUUCCAACCAAUUGGAAAAAUCCUACUGGAGAAUAUCACAUUGGUGUAAAGAAUUUAUAUUCAUUAUACCCAGGAAAAUUAAAAGAAAGAGUUUUAUUAGAACGAAAAAAACGACUGUGGGACAGUUCUCAUAAAACUGCACUUGCAGAAGCAUCUAGAGAACUACAAGAAUUCGAAGCAAAGAAUCCACAGUUAUCAACUUUAGAGGAAAGUCUGAAAAAGGAAGAACUUUGGGCAAGAGUUGAAUUAUUAAAUAACUUCGAGAAAAAAUAUUUUGAUUUAGGACCUACUUAUGACUGUAUUGUUUUUCAUGAUGGUGAGGUUUGGAGGGCAUGUAUCGAUACCUCUGAAGAUGGAGAUCUGGAAAAUGGUGUAUGUUUGGGAGAAUAUACUGUGACAAGGGAAUAUGCACCACUUAUACCAGAAGAUCAAUUAAAUAUUAGUAUUAAUGUUCAUGAUGGUGGAAACAUAUUAGAGAUUGUUAGCUUAAGCUCAAGUCAUGGUACACAUGUAGCAUCAAUUGCAGCAGCAUAUUUCCCUGAUAAUCCAGAAUUAAACGGCGUAGCACCUGGUGCACAAAUCAUUUCACUGACUGUUGGAGAUAGUCGCCUUGGCACAAUGGAAACAGGCACAGCGGUAGUACGAGCGAUAAUACACGUGAUGAAACAUAAAGAGAAAAUACAUGUGAUAAAUAUGAGUUACGGAGAACACGCGCACUGGUCAAAUGCAGGAAGAAUAGGAGAGUUAAUGAAUGAAGUGAUUGAUAAGUAUGGUGUGACAUGGGUAGCAUCUGCUGGUAAUCUUGGACCAGCUUUAUGUACUAUUGGAACACCGCCAGACAUUAGUUCCAACAGUAUCAUUAGUGUAGGAGCUUAUGUUUCUCCUGACAUGAUGGUGGCUGAAUAUUCAUUAAGAGAAAAAUUGCCAGGUAUGCCAUAUACAUGGUCAUCCCGUGGUCCAAUGAUCGAUGGAGGAGUUGGGGUUACUGUGUGUGCUCCAGGAGGAGCUAUAACCAGUGUUCCGAAUUUUACAUUAAGGAAGAGUCAACUUAUGAAUGGUACAAGUAUGGCCAGUCCACAUGUAACUGGUGCUGUUGCUGUACUUGUAUCUGGACUUCUUGCCAAAGGCUGUCCCUAUUCUCCUUACAACAUCAAAAGAGCUCUAGAAAACACAGCUCUUUAUAUACCAAAUUUAGAUCCUUUUGCACAAGGUUCAGGAUUAUUACAAGUUGAGCGUGCAUUUGAUGCUCUUACAACAUACAGUAAUGUUCCUGAAAGGGAUGUAAGAUUUUCUAUUAGCUGUGGUGCAAAUAAUUCCAAAGGAAUUCAUAUGAGGACUGGUAUCAUUGACCGACCAAAAGACUACGCUAUUACUGUUGAACCUGUUUUCUUCAAUACCGAAAAUACUGACCCAGCACUUAAAAUUGCUUUCAAUUUAAAAUUGACUUUGGUAUGCGAUGCACCUUGGGUACAAUUUCCAACACAUCUUGACUUAAUGCACAUGGCGCGCGCAUUUGCAGUCAGAGUGGAUGCCUCGAAUCUGCAAGAAGGUGUUCAUGCAACUAGUGUCAGAGCUUAUGAUGUAACAGACAUUGGAAAAGGACCAGUGUUCCAAAUACCAAUUACUGUAGUGCAACCACAACCACUGCCAAAAACUGCUGUACUUCCAGACAUUUCGUUUACAAACAUUUUGUUUAAACCUAAUACAAUUCGUCGACAUUUUAUUCUUGUCCCAGAAGACGCAACAUGGGCAGUUAUCAGAUUGAGGAGCACGGAAAAGGAUAAAACUGGAAGAUUCGUGGUUCACUCUAUUCAGUUAAAGCCUCGCUUAGCUUGCAAGACUCUUGAAGUUAGCAAAAUGUUAAGUGUUCCUUCUCAGUCUGAAACAGUUCACCCAUUCGCUGUUCAGGGAGGAUUGAUUCUAGAAGUGGUUAUUGCAAAAUAUUGGGCAAACUUAGGUGACAUGUUAAUUGAUUAUUCUAUAGAAUUUCAUGGUAUCCAUAUGAUAAAUGGAAACCUUACAAUGCAGUCAGGGGAUGGAAUAAAUCGUCUGGAAUUACGAAGUUCACUUAGAAAUGAAGAAGUCGUUCCCAGUAUCUCUCUCAAAUCGUCUGUGCAAAUCUUAAAACCUAAUGAUUCAAGAAUCGUCCCCUUGCGGGAACGAGAUAUUAUUCCACCAUCACGACAAAUUUAUGAAUUGCAAUUAUCUUACUCGUUCCAUUCUGCAAAAGCAACGGAAGUAACACCAAACGCUGCAUUGCUCAGCGACUUAUUGUACGAAAGUGAAUAUGAAAGUCAAAUGUGGAUGGUUUAUGAUUGCAACAAACAACUUGUAUGUUGUGGAGAUGCUUAUCCGUCCAAGUACACUAUCCAGAAGUUAGAAAAAGGUGAUUACACUUUGAAGAUGCAUGUAAGGCAUGAAAAGAAAGAUUUGCUGGACAGACUAGUAGACAUGCCACUACUUUUAAGUCAAAAGUUAAGUAAUCCAAUUACUUUGGAUGUGUAUGCCAGUCAAUCACAAGCCAUUAUUGGUGGCAAGAAAAUGGUAGCAGCUUCAAUUCCACCUGGCCAUAUUCUUCCUUUGUACGUUGCUCCUAUGUCCAAUGAAAGCAAAAUUUCCAAGGGUGCUACCUUAGGUAGUUACCUGCAGGGCACAUUGACCUUCUGUAAGGACGAUAUUGGAAAGAGAGUGGACUGUCACUCGUUCAAGUAUAUUUUGUCUGAACCAACCAAAAAGAAUAGUAGUACUGCCAGUAAAGCAGAAAAGGAGAAAACUACCAAAUGGGAUGAAUAUAACGAAGCACUUAGAGACUUAAAAUGCAGUUGGCUUGGAAAGCUUGAACCUGGAGAAUAUGCAAAUUUACUAUAUGGAGAACUCAAGAAUAUCUGUUCGGAUCAUUUACCCGUUCACACUGCCAUGUUAACUUCUUUGGAUUCUCCGGAAGCCAGACAUCACGUGCCACACGAUUGCAUCUCAGAAAGUGCUGUUUCUCUCGCGAAUCAAAUAAUAUCCGUUGCUGACGCAGUGAUUACCAACAUAGAUCAGGAUAAACUGUUGGCAUACUACGGUUUGAAGAAUAAUCAGCGUGCCGAUGCGGCGAAGAUUAAAACGACCAUGGAGAAACAGAAGAGCAGCUUGAUAGAGGCACUAGUGAAAAAAGGAUGUGCACUGGCACGAUUGUACGUACACAAUGUGAAAAAAGGAGAAGGAGAUCGCGCGUCGUACGAACAUUUGUUGGAGAGUGUUACAAAUCAUUGGCAAGAAGUACAGAAAUUCGCUGAACCAACUGACAAUAAGGUCAUUAUACUUUCUCUCUGGCAUGCUCACAUCAAUAAACACUAUGGACGUUACUUGAAAUUACUGAUGCGUUAUAAUGAAGAAAAGCCAAUAAAAGAAAUUGACGAGAAGAUAAUAGAAAUUGCGGAGGAACUGGGAUGGGAAUAUUUGGCGAAUCAUAUUGUCUCAAGUAUACCAACACGUUAUCCUAGUUCAUACAUAUCAUUUUGAUCAAUGGUGUGAUAGGAACAGACUAAGAAGAAUCUGACAUCCUGAUGAGGGGAGAUUAAUUGCGUAAAACUGUUUCCGGUGCAGCUCUGCAAUGACAAAGGCAUUUCUGUCGAGUCAUUCAGAUGUAUAAUACAUUUAGGAAAAUUCAAUUUUGUCGAUAUUCAAGAAAAAAGAAAAAAAAAGUGA